CCGCCACCGCGGCCAUGGGUAGCCGAGCCAUCAUGCUGAUGCUGCUAAUGUGGUGCCCGUUGGUCUGCCUGUUCCUCCCCUCUGCCCUUGCGCAGGCCACCAGCUUCACCAGCACCGUCGACGGCAAGGAGUUCACCACGUUCUCCUUCCCCAAGUUCGACAAGUCGUUGGUGCAGCUCGACCUCGCCGCCAACCUGACCUUCUCCGGCAACGCCACCGUCACCCAGGAAGGGCUGCAGAUCACCCCGGACAGCGGCAACAGACCGGAGAUCUUCCUCGUCAACCAGGUCGGCCGCGUCUUCUUCACCACCCCGUUCGUCAUCUGGGCCUCCAACUCCACGGCCGCCGCCGACGGCAGGCACGUCGCCUCAUUCUCCACCGUGUUCAAGACUAACCUCUUCCGCUCUAACCUGAACAAGACGGUGAAAGGUGAGGGGCUCGCGUUCGUCGUCGCGUCGAGCAACGGCGAGCCGCCGCUCCGCAGCCACGGCGGGUUCCUCGGCCUCACCAACGCCUCCACCGACGGCAACCCCACCAACGGGUUCGUGGCCGUGGAGCUGGACACCGUGAAGCAGCCCUACGACAUCGACGACAACCACGUCGGCCUCGACAUCAACGGCGUCCGCUCCGACGCCGCCGCGCCCCUCGCCCCCUACGGCAUCCAGCUCGCGCCCAGCAACACCACCACCGACGACGGCAUCUGCUUUGUCUGGGUUCAGUACAAUGGCACGUCGCGGCGGGUGGCCGUGUACAUUGCCAAGAACGAGACGAAGCCCUCCGCCGCCGUGCUGAACGAGUCGGUGGACCUCUCCACCAUCCUCCUCGGCAAGACGGCUUACUUCGGCUUCUCGGCGUCCACCGGCGCCGCCACGUACCAGCUCAACCGCGUGCGCAUGUGGAACAUGACCGUCGAGAUGCUCCACGACGGCAGCGCUGCCGCCACCAAGAACGCGUCCCCGCCCGGCUGGAAGCUCGGCGUGGCCAUCGCCGUGGCGUGCAGCGCCGCCGUGGCGCUUGGGCUGUUCGCGGUGCUGUACGUCCGGAAGAGGAGGAAACAGAACGGCGACGACCCGAGCUCCAUUUUCCACAACGCCAUUGAUUUCAGGAAAAUCCCAGGUUUGCCGAAGGAGUUCGACUACGUGGAGCUGAGGAGAGGGACCAACAACUUCGACGAGAAGACGAAGCUGGGACAGGGUGGGUACGGCGUGGUGUACCGCGCCACCGUGGUCGGGGACGAUGGCCGGAGCACGGACGUCGCCGUGAAGCAGUUCACCGGCGCCAACACCAAGGGGAAGGAGGAUUUCCUCGCCGAGCUCAGAAUCAUCCACUGCCUCCGUCACCGCAAUCUCGUCAAGAUCGUCGGUUGGUGCCGCCAAAAUGGCAGGUUGCUGCUGGUGUACGACUACAUGCCGAACGGCAGCCUGGACAGGCACAUCUUCGGCGGCCCGGAGGCGGCGGUGCUGAACUGGAGCCAGCGCUUCAACGUCGUCGCCGGCGUCGCGUCGGCGCUCAACUACCUCCACCACGAGUACGACCAGAUGGUGAUCCACCGUGACAUCAAGCCGUCCAACAUCAUGCUCGACUCCGCCUUCAACGCGCGGCUCGGCGACUUCGGCCUCGCCCGCGCGCUCGAGUCGGACAAGACCUCCUACACCGACAUGGCCGGCGUCACGGGGACGCUGGGCUACAUCGCGCCCGAGUGCUUCCACACCGGCCGCGCGACGCGGGAGUCGGACGUGUACGGCUUCGGCGCCGUCAUCCUGGAGAUCGUCUGCGGCCGCCGCAUCUCCUGCAGCAACCUCGGCGGUGAUGGGUGCAGCGGCCUGAUGGAGUGGGUGUGGAAGCUCCACGGCGCGGCGGGCGGCGACCGCAUCCUCGAGGCCGUCGACGAGAGGCUCGCCGGCGAGUUCGACGAGGGCGAGGCCGAGCGUCUCCUGCUACUGGGCCUCGCGUGCAGCCACCCGAACCCCGGGGAGCGGCCGAGGACGCGGGCCAUCCUGCAGAUCCUGACGGGCGCCGCCCCGCCGCCCGACGUGCCGCCGUCUCAGCCGGCGUUCAUGUGGCCCCUGAUGCCCGUCGCGCUCGAGGACGACGGCGACUACGACGGUGACGAGACGACGACGUCGCGCAGCGGCAUGUUGCUGACCUCCUCCUCGUCGUCGUCACACUACCUGAAGUUCCAGGUGUGCAAAGAUCGCGACGUGGCACCGGUGUGAGCCGCCGGGACGAGUCGACGCCUCGCGUGCGGGCGAAGGCCUGGUCAAUCGGGACCGUGGAACUGGUGGACGGCGGCACGAUGCCACACUGAACGAUAUAUGCAACUUGCACGGAAGAAAAUGUGCAUGGCGAAUUGGCGAUGGAGUCAGCUACUAGAAAAUAGAAAUCACAAGUUUUCCUUGAGUCAAAAGGGUUCCUAUUAUAUGUUAAUUAACUCGAGGAACACAGAUAACUGUCUAGUGUAUACAUAUUAAACUCUAAGAAACAACGAUUC